CCUAAGGCGGGCGCCAUGGUCGGCGGCGACGCGGCGAAAUCGGGAAGGCAUGGAGGCGGGCAGGGGCAGGUGUGCCAGAUCUGCGGCGACGGCGUGGGCGCGGCGGCGGACGGCGAGCUCUUCACCGCCUGCGACGUCUGCGGCUACCCGGUGUGCCGCCCCUGCUACGAGUACGAGCGCAAGGAAGGCACACAGGCAUGCCCGCAGUGCAAGACCAAGUACAAGCGCCACAAGGGCAGUCCACCAGCACGUGGGGACGAAAGCGAGGGUGUUUAUGCAGAUGAUGCCAGCGGCUCAAACUACGCACCAUCUGGCAACCAGGAUCAGAAGCACAAGAUUCCUGAGAAGAUGCUCACCUGGCGCGACGACGAUGUUCGUCACGCUAGUAAGUAUGACAGUGGUGAGAUUGGGCUCUCCAAGUACGACAGCGGAGAAAUCCCUCACGGAUACAUCCCGUCCUUUACUCAUAGCCAGGUCUCGGGAGAAAUUCCCGGAGCCUCCCCCGAUCACAUCAUGUCCCCUGCUGGAAAUAUUGGCAAGCGUGGACAUCCGUUUGCCUAUGUGAAUCAUUCUUCAAAUCCAUCAAGGGAGUUCUCUGGUAGCCUUGGGAGUGUUCCAUGGAAAGAGAGAGUUGAUGGCUGGAAAAUGAAAGACAAGGGUAUGACUAAUGGAACAAGUAUUGCUCCUUCUGAAGGCCGUGGAAAUGUUGAUAUUGAUGCAUGUACUGACUAUGAUAUGGAGGACCCCUUACUGAAUGAUGAAGCCCGCCAGCCUUUAUCUAGAAAAGUGCCAAUUUCUUCAUCCAAAAUAAAUCCCUACAGAAUGGUUAUUGUGCUACGUUUGAUUGUGCUGUGCAUCUUCUUGCACUACCGUAUCACAAAUCCUGUGCGUAACGCAUAUCCACUUUGGCUGCUGUCUGUUAUUUGUGAGAUUUGGUUUGCCUUCUCCUGGAUUCUGGAUCAGUUCCCCAAGUGGUCACCAAUCAAUCGUGAAACUUACCUUGAUAGGCUGGCUUUAAGGUAUGACCGGGAUGGCGAACUGUCUCAGCUGGCUGCUGUUGACAUUUUUGUCAGUACCGUGGAUCCUAUGAAGGAGCCUCCUCUUGUCACUGCAAAUACUGUGCUUUCUAUCCUUGCUGUGGACUACCCUGUUGACAAGGUGUCUUGCUAUGUAUCUGAUGAUGGUGCUGCGAUGCUGACCUUUGAUGCACUCGCUGAGACUUCAGAGUUUGCUAGAAAAUGGGUUCCAUUUUGUAAAAAGUAUAACAUAGAACCCAGAGCCCCAGAGUGGUACUUCUUUCAGAAAAUUGAUUUUCUAAAAAACAAAGUUCAGACUUCCUUCGUUAAAGACCGUCGGGCCAUGAAGAGAGAAUAUGAAGAGUUCAAGGUUCGCAUUAAUAGCCUUGUAGCCAAGGCUGAGAAAGUUCCCGAGGAAGGAUGGAUCAUGCAAGAUGGCACGCCUUGGCCUGGGAACAAUACUAGGGACCAUCCUGGAAUGAUUCAGGUUUUCCUUGGUCAUGGUGGAGGCCUUGAUAGUACCGGCAAUGAGCUUCCUCGUUUGGUUUAUGUGUCUCGCGAGAAACGUAAUGGAUUCCAGCACCACAAGAAAGCUGGUGCCAUGAAUGCACUUGUUCGUGUAUCAGCUGUCCUUACUAAUGGGCAGUACAUGUUGAAUCUUGACUGUGAUCACUACAUCAACAAUAGCAAGGCUAUAAGGGAGGCUAUGUGCUUUCUUAUGGACCCUAAUCUAGGAAGGCAUGUCUGUUAUGUACAAUUUCCUCAGAGGUUCGAUGGCAUUGAUACAAAUGAUAGAUAUGCAAACAGGAACACUGUAUUUUUCGAUAUUAACUUGAGAGGUCUUGAUGGCAUUCAAGGACCAGUUUAUGUGGGAACUGGCUGUGUGUUCAACAGAACAGCUUUAUAUGGUUAUGACCCACCAGUUAAGGAUAAGAAGCCAGGUUUCUUCUCUUCACUUUGUGGAGGAAGAAAGAAGACAUCAAAAUCGGCGAGCACAAAAAAUAAGAAGUCACACAAGCACGCGGACAGUGCUGUGCCAGUGUUUAAUCUCGAAGAUAUAGAGGAGGGGUUCGAAGGCUCUGGAUUAGACGACGAGAAAUCACUUCUUAUGUCUCAAAUGAGCCUGGAGAAGAGAUUUGGCCAGUCCAGUGUUUUUGUAGCCUCUACUCUGAUGGAAUAUGGUGGUGUUCCACAGUCCGCAACUCAAGAGACUCUUCUGAAAGAAGCAAUCCAUGUGAUCAGCUGUGGUUAUGAGGACAAAAGUGAUUGGGGAAGUGAGAUUGGUUGGAUCUAUGGCUCUGUUACAGAGGAUAUUCUCACUGGGUUCAAGAUGCAUGCACGAGGCUGGCGAUCGAUUUACUGCAUGCCUAAUCCACCAGCUUUCAAGGGGUCUGCUCCUAUUAACCUUUCAGAUCGUCUGAACCAAGUGCUUCGGUGGGCUCUUGGGUCUGUUGAAAUUCUUUUCAGUAGGCAUUGUCCCAUAUGGUAUGGCUAUGGUGGAAGGCUCAAGUUCUUGGAGAGAUUUGCCUAUAUCAACACCACUAUCUAUCCGCUCACAUCAAUCCCACUCCUCAUAUACUGCAUACUGCCGGCGGUUUGUCUUCUCACUGGGAAGUUCAUCAUCCCACAGAUUAGCAACAUUGCAAGUAUUUGGUUUAUGUCCCUCUUCAUUUCCAUCUUUGCCACUGGUAUCCUUGAGAUGAGGUGGAGCGGUGUUGGCAUCGACGAGUGGUGGAGGAAUGAGCAGUUCUGGGUCAUCGGAGGCAUUUCUGCGCACCUGUUUGCUGUCUUCCAGGGCCUCUUGAAGGUACUUGCUGGCAUCGACACCAGCUUCACCGUGACUUCGAAGGCAUCCGAUGAAGAUAAUGAUUUCGCCGAGCUCUACAUGUUCAAGUGGACAACUCUGCUGAUCCCACCAACUACUAUUUUGAUCAUCAACCUAGUUGGUGUUGUGGCCGGCACCUCCUACGCGAUCAACAGCGGUUACCAGUCAUGGGGGCCGCUCUUUGGGAAGCUCUUCUUCGCCUUCUGGGUGAUUAUCCACUUGUACCCAUUCCUCAAAGGGCUCAUGGGUCGUCAGAACCGCACGCCGACCAUUGUUGUCGUCUGGGCCAUCCUCCUCGCAUCCAUCUUCUCGUUGCUGUGGGUUCGUAUCGAUCCGUUUACCACCCGAGUCACUGGCCCAGAUAUCCAGACGUGUGGCAUCAACUGCUAGGAUAGUGGAUGAUGUUAGGAACAGAAUUGCCACCCAUUCUGCUGUAAGAUAUUAGCGGGUGACUAGUUAUUCAGAUGGUUAGAGUGUUGCUCGAUAUGUAGUACUUGUGUACCAAGUUAAACGCUCAUAUGCUUGGAAUUUGAUCAUCGGGUUGCAUAUCAUGCAUCUGCGUUUAGUACUAUCGAUAUGUAUAUUUGGAGUCUUGAUUGAGAACACUAAUGCUGAAGUAUGUAGCUAUGUGUUAUAAAAUUAACAGCCUGCUA